AUGACAUUCAAAAUUUGUGUUUUAAUUUCUGGUAAUGGUACAAAUUUACAAGCUAUUAUUGAUUCAAUAGAAAAUAAAUAUUUAGAGAAUGUAAAAAUAGAAGUUGUAAUUUCAAAUAAAGAAACUGCAUAUGGAUUAGAAAGAGCUAAAAAGGCAUCAAUUCAAACACGUGUAUUUUCACUUCAAAGUUAUCUUUCAAAAUCAUCAGAACACACACGUUCCACCUAUGGUACAGAGUUAGCAAAGAUUAUCAGAGAAUACAAUGUCGAUUUAAUAGUGUUAGCAGGUUGGAUGAUCAUUUUACCAGCAUCAUUUUUAAAAGAGUUUUCAGACAAUAAACCAACUUUAGAUAUUAUUAAUUUACACCCAGCUCUUCCUGGCCAAUAUCCAGGUGCCCAUGCUAUUGAGCGUGCUUACAACGAUUUUAAAGAUAAUAAAAUAACCCAUUCAGGUUUAAUGAUCCACAAGGUUAUCGAAGAAGUUGAUGCUGGUGAAGUUUUACUCACCAGUGAAAUCCCAAUUUAUCCAGAAGAUACUUUAGAAACUUUAGAGGAUAGAUUCCACAAACAAGAGCAUAAAUCAUUAGUUGAAGCAAUUAAAUUAAUUUCAACUAAAUCAAAUUAA